UCCUGCAGAUAGCCUGACUGUGGGACUAUAUCAGUUUGCCGGUACUUGGGGUCCAGCGGGGUUUUACAGUCUGUAAAACAGUUAUUCAGCAGAUAAGGCAACACAACCCAACCCACCAGUGAGCCUAGCUGGAGCCCCCGAGCCGAUAGGCCGCCAUCUCCUCCCCUGCACGAUGUCAGCGUUGGUGUGGCUCUGCGUGGCCUGGCCGUGCAAAUGCAAAUUAUGUUGCAUUUGUGGAUCCAGUCGGUGCAGCCAGACUAUUUGAAUAUUGUCCACAACUUGGAACUAACAUUUCUAUUGGCAGAGCAUGACAGAAGAGGAAACAUUUUCCUCCUGAUAUAGUUGGUUAUUGUUGGUUGUUUACUGUGAACGAAACAACAUAGGUUUAUGUUCACUUCUGAGUUCCAGUUGGCCCUUGAGAAAAACACGUACCACUUAUGAAGGUUACAUUUUGCCACGGAGAGAAAUAAUGAAUGUUUAAUGAUAUCCCUUUUUUAAAAGAACAGGUCCAACAAUUAUUAAAUAUGCUCAUUUCUCCAACAGACAAAUAUAUACGGGUGAAAGUUACAUUCCAACCACAAAUAACAUGGUUAAUCAAUCAAGGUUAAUCAAUUAUAUUCCGGUUAAUUAACUCUAUAGAAUAUAAUGAUAUGACGACAUUACUUUUGUUGUCCAUUAAAUGAGCUGUAGGUAGGAUUUGGAAGUAGAUUGACACUAAACCACCCAAGAACAUACCCUCCCUCUCUGCUCCCCUCCCCUCGCUCCGCUGGAUUCCCAUAACCAAUCAGGGAAGAGUUACCGUGAUUGGUCAGAAAUGAGCCAGGAGCGGUCAAAACUCGCGUAGAAGCAGCCACAGCCAAUUCUCAACAGAUAUUCUCACAGCACAUUUCACUUACUAAAAGCUGACGAAUGGCCGUGGUUUAUCAAACAAAUUACACUGAAAUGGUAGCUCUUCAAUCUAACAGCGUCUUUAAGUAGGCCACUUCAUAAGAUGAGGUGGGGAUAGAGGGCAGUGUGUAGGUGACACUUUCGGAGAGCCUCUUAAUGUUUACAGGUAGCCAACACAGACAGAAGCACCCUUUUUCAAGCCUGUGUUUCAAACUUUGACCUCUUCAGAUCUCCAGCUGAUCCUCAGCAUCUAAGAUGGGGAGGAAGAAGAUCAGCAUUUCCCGCAUCCUGGACGAGAGGACCCGACAGGUCACCUUCACCAAGCGGCGGUUCGGUCUGAUGAAGAAGGCGUACGAGCUGAGCGUCCUGUGUGACUGCGACAUCGCCGUCAUCGUCAUCAGCGGCAGCAACAAGCUGUUCCAGUACGCCAGCAGCGACAUGGACCGCACGCUGCUGAGGUACACGGAGCACGGCCAGGCCACGCAGAGCCACACCAACGCCGACAUCGUGCAGGCACUGAGUAAGAAGGAGCAUCGACGCUGUGCGCCUCCUGAUCACCUGACCCCCAAACCGACCAAUCACGACGGGCCGCCAGGGCGUCAGGUCAACGCCUCGCUAACCACACAUCACCGCAUGGUAAAACUAAAGUAA